AUGGAAGGCGGCGAGGGCAGCAGGAGCGGCGAGGGCGGCAGGAGCGGGGUGAUGGUGGAGGGCGGGGAGGGGUUGGUGGAGGACAUGGUGCUGUGGCUGUGGACGAAGAACAACAUGCUUCAGACCAGGUGUAUGUAUCACAAAUGUCCUCCGGUACUGGUUCCAGACACUUUCUUGCUAUCUGAGAAGCAGCCCUACGCAUGGUACUUCACGUCCAUGAAGACUGGAAGCCUGCAGAGAAGAAGCAAAGACCUGAAUGUAGAUAAAAUCUGUGAGGUCAUGUCAAAAAAUCCAAGCGACAACAUCGACAUCCGCUCGGUCUACGUUGGAUCCGCAGCAGGCGACGGGCAACCCAUCACCGAGUAUUUGUCAGCUGCAGGCUUGGAAUACUUCCUAGCAGCGCAACCCAGCAAGAGGACGAAGAGAGGGCUUCUACAGAGAUUCAUCAGGCCCAAGGGAAGCAGCAACUUCCUGAUCAGGGUGAGCUGGACUCCAGAUGGCUGCUCGAUGGACUCGUGCAUCAACGUGAACAAGCUGGACGACAUGGAUCUUGAGAUUCAAGCUAGAGCCACGACCAACGACGAGGCGAACUGCGCGCUCAUUCCUAUGUCAGGGAAUGUUCUCUUUGCUCAGCUGGAGAAGCUGACGACAUGCAUCGUUGAGCACGUGCAGAGCAUCGCAGCGAACAAGAUCGACAUCAUUGGCCUGGUUCUCAAUUUCAGCAUAGACGCCGAAGACCGAGUUUGGUUUCUCUGCGAACAAGAAGAGAAAGAAAAUCUAGUUCAUGAGACUUUGCAUGGAGGAGAGAUAGAAGCGCCCGAGGAGGAGGAGCUUGUGGUGCUGCUUCCCACGGACAGCUCGAAGAAGAAAGAGGAGGAGAAGAAAGACAAAUCAAGGAGGAGAGAAGAGGCAGAGAGAAAGGCGGCGGAGGUUGAAGAGAAGCUGAAGAUCGCAGAAGCGCGAGCCAAACAAGCAGAGGCGAAGCUGCGCAUGACGAUCCAUCAAGGUCAGGGAGGCAGCUGGAAGAGGAGGGGCAGCAGAACAGCUGGAGGAGAGGAGAGUGGGGAGAAGGAAGAGGAGACUAGUCUCCCUCCCAUCCCCCUCGCGAGGCUCUCAAGGCCUCCUUCAGACCCCCAGCAGCAGCAGGGACCUUCCGCCAACUCUCCUCUGAUUCCUCUCACUCCAAGCUCGAUGUCGGCGGAGGCUCGUCUUGAGAGCAUGAGCAUGGCUGAAGAAAUCGCAAGGAGCACGUUGGAGAAGGAAGGCGAGGGGGAGGAUGAAGAAGCUGGGAAGGAGGAAGGAGCCGCAGGAGGAGAGGAGGAUGAAGCUCGGAAGGAGGGAGGAGGAGAAGAAGGAGCCGCAGGAGGAGAAGAAGAAGCUCGGAGGGAGGGAGGAGGAGGAGAAGGAGCCGCAGGAGGAGGACGGCAGCGACCACUCGAGGAAGAGGGGGGGGAGGAUGCGACAAGCUCUUCAGUCGAACCAUUGGUGCACGAGGACGAGAGGACGGCGAUGGAGCAGCAGAAAACGAAUUCCCCUCCUUUCCCUGCCCCCAGUUCGGCUCCCUCAGUGUCAGGGGACGGGGAGGAGCAAGCAUACGCGUCUGAGCAAGGAGCUGAUGACGAUGAUGAUGAUAAGGAGGAGGAAGAGAUUGUGGCGGAGGAGAAACAGCAGCAGCAGCAGCAGCAGCAGCAGCAGGUGCAGGUGCACAGGCAGAAAGCUGAAGAGGAGGAGGAGGAGGAGCACAGUGAGGAGUACGAGGACAAGCCGAUCGGCUCAGGUCUUGUGCCGAAAAUCCUGACGGUCCCACAGAAGAAGGAGGAGACUUCUGCGCAGCUUCAGAGGGAGGAGGAGGAGGAGGAGGAGGAGGUUGUCGACAGACCGUCCCUGAAGGACCAGGAGGGGAUCAGGGCCUGGAAGGUGGAGGAGGAGGAGAAAUUCAGCUCUGAACCCUCGUUGCUCGAAGAUGCUCGAUGCUCGCACAGGGGCAGGGAGGGAGGGGAGGAGGAGGAGAACGGGUGUCUGGGCAGAGGACAGGAGGGCGACAAGAUUCCGGUGGAUGCUCGUCUCGUCUACCUUACCUCCUCCCUCCAGUUCCGGUCUGAGUUCAGAGUCGGGACUGGAAUGAGCAAAUUUCCACCCUCCUCCUCCAUCCCAGGACUCUCCGGCACCCCCGCCUCCUCCUCCUCCACAGCCUUCGGAGGAGGAGAAGAAGCGAUGUCUAUCUCCUCGGUCUUCGACGACGACGGGCUACAACCCUCCUUCCUCCAGGCCUCCCUCUCCCUCGCCAAGACUCCUCCUCCUCCUCAGCUCGAUGCUGAGCGAUGCGAGACUUGCAUGUUGGUCGUCAAGACGGCUCCCAACCCCCUCCCCGACUUCCACCAGCCUGUCGAGCUUGCGAGUCAGCAGGAGGAGCGAGCGGGAGGCGGGGAGGGAGGAGGAGGAGCUGAGCUGCCGCUGCGGAAGGGGAAGGGCAAGAGCGACAAGAGGAGGGAGGAUGGAGUGGAGAUGAUCUGGACGCCGGUGGUGCAGAGCGGAGGAGGGGAGGAGGAGACGCCGAUGAAAGUGCUGGAGCUACAGAAGGUGCUGGGGCUGCCUGCGUCGCUGUGGUCGGUGGAGGCGGAGAGGUCAGUGAAGUUGAAGCAGCAGGAGGAGGGGCAGGAGAGGAAGAGCCGAGAGCUCCGCCUGUGCGAGGAGAGGGAGGGGAGGAAGGGGCAGGCGGCUGGUCAGAUCGAUUCAGCGAGCACGCCACAUGCUCUUCCUGCUGAUCUCAAGGGACAGGCAGAAACUUUCUUCAAGUCCCCCGGGGCUGACGCCUCCUCCUCGCUCCUCCGCGUCAAGGAUGCCUCCGUCGCCUCCGUCGUGCGCGACGCGGAGUGGGCCCUAGAGGAGUUUGUUCGAAGGGAGGAGGUGUACGUGAACGGGAAGCUCGAGACGGAGCAGGAGGAGGAGAGCAGCAGGGGACGAGCACGGGAUCAGGUGGCAACAGGCAAGGGAGUGGAAGAGGCUGAUGGAGGGAAGAGGGAGGAGGGAGGAGGAGGAGAGGAGGAGGAGGUGAUGGAGAUUAAGUUCGAUCGCGCGUUCGCCAACGACGAGGAGCGUCUGGAGUUUGCAAAGCAGCAGAGGAACAAGCUGGCGAAGCUGCUGGGGGUGACGCCCGAGAGCAUCGAGAUUCUCGAGGUCAAGCCCGGCUCCCCGGUCACCAUGAUCCGCUUCCAGAUCUCCCGACAAGACGCCAGCAGGUUGUCUCCCUCCUCCCCACCUCCGGACGAGGCCCCAGCUCACAGCCCAGCUGAAGGAGGAGCUGCUGAGAGCUUCGACGCUGCUCCUCUCGGGGUUGAGAUGCUCUCAGCUGGAGACAGUGACAGCCACUCGCUCCUCACCGCGAAGCUCCAGGCCUCCCUUCCUCCCCAGGUCGCCUUCACUGAUCGCGCCAUGCAGCGACGGCCUGUCCCGUCCGCCCCCGCGGAGGUGAUGGCGGGAGGAGGGAGGAGGGAGACGGGGGGGCAGGAGGCGCCGGAGCGGAAGCUCACCGUGAUCAAGAGCAAGGGAUCGCACGACCAGGGGCAGCCGAACCCCUGGGACCUCAGCCCCGAGCAGAUGACGUCACGGCCGGGAGAGGAGGAGGCAACAGACAAGCCAAACUUCAAGGGGAAGGGAGACAGCGUGCAGGCAGACGCGGAGGAGGUGGAGAGCAGGUUUCGACCUGGCCGCGAGCUCAUGUCGGAGGAGCAGUUCUCCAGCGCCAAGGUACAGCGACGAGCCCCGUCCUCGCCGAGGAGGCUGAAGCAAGUGACGUCGGGGCUGGGGGACGUCAGCGAGCAGAAGAAGGUUGCUGUCCAGGAGUGUGACGACACGGGGAGGAGGAAGGAGGUGGAGGACGAGCUCAACUUUCUCCCUGCUCAGCGGUCAGAGCCCGGACCCAAGAGCGCGCUGCAUGCCAAGAAGGCGGAGGGAUUGGAGGACGAGAUCCUGCUGCGGCUGGAGGAGCACGACAGCAGGGCAGAGGAGCGGGGGAAGGAGGACCCCUGCGUUGUACCGAGCAUGGACCUGCACAAGGUGGUGGAGGUGUACGACUACAACAUCGCGCCCAAGAGCCUCGGGGAGGAGGAGGGGAGGACGAGAAUGGCGACAGAGCCUGGAGAGGAGGAGAAGGGGGACAGGAGGCAGAAGAAGAAGGGGAAGGAGGCAGUGAAACAUCAGGCUCCUGCUGUCCCCGAGGCCUACAUGGCCUUCGGGAUGGAGGGAGAGAGCCAGCGGCUCGUCCCCUCCGUUGUCGCUCUCGAGCGACCUGAUAAGCAGACGCUCAAGGAAAAGCCCAGCAGGGCAGCUGAGGAGGAGCCCGAGCUGCUCAAGGGCAGGGAGGUGCCCGACAUCCUCCAGCUCAAGUUUGACGUCUCGUUCGUCGACGAUCAUGCGAGGAUGGAGUUCGCGGAGAAGCAGGCGGCGAAGCUCGCCGAGAUGCUCCAGCUGCCUCCCGAGCUCGUCAAAGUUCGCGCGGUCGUUCCUGGUUGA